AGAGGAAAGAUGGCGGCGGAGGUUGCCGCUGCUUCAGGAGCGCAGGAGGAAGCUGCGGGGCCGCAGCGGGCGACAGUGGCAGCAGCGCUAGGGCAUUCCUGAGUGGGAAGUGGGAAAGCGAACAACCCUGCGUUGUUGGGUGAGAGGGAUUCAGGGACGGGGCUCAUGUGCGGCGGAGGUCGCAGGCGUCCGCCGCCCGCAGCUGAAGCGCCGACAAGAGGCACCUCAGCCGGCUCCUACUUCUGCUGAGCAGGCUCUGGGGCGCCCGAGCAAAGCUGAAGAGGGAGGCAGCGUCUCCGCCAGGCAAGGCUGAGAAACCCAAGGGGGUAGCGGUGGCAGCAGCAGCAGCAUGAAAUUCGCCGAGCACCUUUCCGCGCACAUCACUCCGGAGUGGCGGAAGCAAUACAUCCAGUAUGAGGCUUUCAAAGAGAUGUUGUAUGCUGCUCAGGACCAGGCCCCUUCUAUAGAAGUCACAGAUGAAGAUACGGUAAAGAGAUAUUUUGCCAAGUUUGAGGAAAAGUUUUUUCAAACUUGUGAGAAGGAGCUUGCCAAAAUCAACACAUUUUAUUCAGAAAAACUGGCAGAAGCUCAGCGCAGAUUUGCUACGCUACAGAAUGAAUUGCAAUCAACUUUGGAUGCACAAAAGGAAACCAGUGGUCUUACUACCCUGCGGCAACGUAAAAAGCCAGUCUUCCAUCUGUCUCAUGAGGAACGAGUUCAGCAUAGGAACAUCAAAGACCUGAAACUGGCCUUCAGUGAGUUCUACCUCAGCCUCAUCUUACUGCAGAAUUAUCAGAAUCUAAAUUUCACAGGGUUCCGUAAGAUUUUGAAGAAACAUGAUAAGAUCCUGGAGACACCACGAGGUGCAGACUGGAGAGUGGCUCAUGUUGAAGUGGCUCCUUUCUAUACUUGCAAGAAAAUCAACCAGCUCAUCUCUGAAACAGAGACAGUGGUAACCAAUGAGUUGGAAGAUGGAGACCGACAGAAAGCCAUGAAACGAUUACGUGUCCCACCACUAGGGGCAGCACAGCCUGCACCAGCAUGGACUACUUUCAGGGUUGGGUUGUUCUGUGGAAUAUUCAUUGUGCUGAAUAUCACCCUCAUACUUUCAGGUGUGUUUAAAAUGAACAGAUCGAAUGUGUGGCCACUGAUAAGAAUCUAUCGAGGUGGUUUUCUUCUGAUAGAAUUCCUUUUUCUCCUUGGCAUUAACACAUACGGCUGGAGGCAAGCUGGAGUGAAUCAUGUUCUUAUCUUUGAACUCAAUCCCCGCAGUAAUUUGUCCCAUCAGCAUCUUUUUGAGAUUGCUGGAUUCCUUGGAACGCUAUGGUGUCUGAGUCUGCUGGCAUGUAUAUAUGGAGAUAGCACUGGAUUUCCUAUGCAGGCAAACCCACUUAUCUUGUAUGGAUUUAUGCUGCUGUUCCUUAUCAAUCCUACAAAAACCUUUUACUACAAAUCUCGAUUUUGGCUGCUUAAACUCUUGUUCCGGGUAUUCACUGCCCCCUUCCACAAGGUGGGUUUUGCAGAUUUCUGGCUCGCUGACCAGCUUAAUAGUCUGGCUGUAAUACUUAUGGACCUCGAAUACAUGAUUUGUUUCUAUAGCUUUGAGCUCCAGUGGAAAGCUAAAGAUGUGUUGCUGGAAGAUCCAGGAAAUGAUAUUUGCAACAACUAUGCUUAUGGUGUGCGUGCAGUUGUUCAGUGCAUUCCUGCUUGGCUGAGAUUCGUCCAGUGCCUGCGCCGAUACCGUGAUACUAAGCGGGCCUUUCCCCAUCUGGUUAAUGCUGGGAAAUACUCCACUACCUUCUUUAUGGUGACAUUUGCAGCCCUUUACAGCACUCACAAAGUUCAAAAACACAAUGACUACCAAGUAUUCUUCUAUCUGUGGAUUGUCUUCUACUUCAUUAGCUCCUGCUAUACCCUUAUCUGGGACUUGAAGAUGGACUGGGGCCUUUUUGAUAAGAAUGCUGGUGAAAAUACUUUCCUCCGGGAAGAGAUUGUUUACCCACAAAAAGCCUAUUACUACUGUGCCAUUGUAGAGGAUGUGAUUCUGCGUUUUGCAUGGACUAUCCAGAUCUCUCUGACUACCAUGGAAAUUCACCCUUUUGCUGGUGACAUCAUUGCAACUGUAUUUGCACCACUUGAGGUUUUCCGGCGGUUCGUGUGGAAUUUCUUCCGAUUAGAGAAUGAGCACCUGAAUAACUGUGGUGAGUUCCGAGCUGUCCGGGACAUUUCAGUGGCACCGCUGAAUGCAGAUGAUCAGACCCUGCUUGAACAGAUGAUGGACCAGGAGGAUGGUGUCCGAAACCGCCAGAAAAACAGAGCUUGGAAGUGUAGCCACAGUGUGUCCUUGCAAAGACCUCAUCUUGCUUCACAGUCGAAGAUUCAUGACACCAAAGUAUUAAUAGAAGACACAGACGAUGAAGCAAACACAUGAAAUACCCACAGAGCCAAGUUCCACAUCCCUUGUGUUCUCUUGCUUUAUUACCUUCCCAACCCCAAAUGCCACCCAGCCCAUCCUCUGUUACAGUUCCAGCUAAAAACAGGAGAAAAAUCUGAACACACUUUCUGAGCUCUUCCGGACCGGUUCCUAUGGACUCCAACAAGCUCACUGUGUUUUCUUUUCUUUUCUUCUGGUUUUAAUUUGAUUUCUUGUUUUUAAGAUAUAAAUCUAACUUUGUUUUGCCAAUCAGAGGGACAUUUAAGGAAAGAGCUGUCUUAAAGAUUGUUUACAAUCUCUUCAAGGACACAUAAUCUGGACGAAGAAGCAUCAUUUGGACUCCCUAAUGGGACUUUACUGAGAAAUCACUCGGUCUCUGCUCAGUCCAGUUUUGACUGGUUGAAACUGGACCGGGGUUUUUAACUUUGGCUCGCACUCUGGUUUUUGGUGUUUUCUUUCAUAUCCAGCGCCAAGGCACUGGCUGCACUUGCCGGGAAAGUGCACUUAGAGCAGUACCUUCAUUCACGAAGCUACUUUUUAAUUUGAUGUAACUUUCUUAUAAUUUUUUGAAAUAUGAUGUAUUUGUUGCACAUAGUUUUCACAUUAUUUAUGAUAGUUAACCAUAUGAGAAUGGUUUUGAGUCCUGUGCAAUGAAGGUGGUAACUCUUUAAAAAAAAAAAAAGGCAAGUGGUUGGGGAGAAGGGGAUGUAGAUCCUGGAUCUCUCUUGCUGCAAGGUUAAGCCCUUUAAAAUACCUCUUUGAGAGAACUUGCACCGGCUUAACCUGUCUGAUUUUUUAUUUUUAUUUUUAUGUUUCUUCUUCUUGAUUGAUUUUAAGCCAAAGUUGCUCUGUUGGGUUUUACUUGCUGCUGCUGGUCCCGCAGAAACCUUGUCACCUUCCUUAGCCAGAUCUUUGUAUGUGUGCCUCCACAGAAAUAGUAACAUGAUCUCCAGAUUUCUGUUGGAAAAAAUUAGAGGUAACCCUGUGUAGUUCAUUAGACAUCCAUGCAAGAAAGCCUUAGUUUGUACAUUUAAGAAUGGUUUUCAUUUUAAUGAGCUGAGUCUCCAGGACAUCAUCCCAUUUUUAAAUAGGGAGUUCCUGUAUGUAUGGUUCAUUCACUUCAGCUAAAUAAUAGAGAAAAAAAAACUGAUUGAGACAAUGGUCUGUCUUGUAGGGGAUAUAGGAUUACUCAUUCAGCAGUAUAUACUGGGUUCAAGCAGACCUUAACAGCUUGUCAUUUAUGUCAUCUGGAGGCUGUGUAGCCUUUAAAAAUUGAGGAAGUUGGUAUUGCUAUAGAAAGGGCUCUUUAAUUUUUUUUAAUAAAUAAAAAAAAUUGCCAUACUUUGGCAAAGACUUGUCUGACAAUCACUGUCCAAGAACAUCCUCAGGUUAACUUUUGUUUCAUUUUUUAAACCUACCUACCCCAAGUCCUAGAUUUCCAGUGUGGUGCUAGGCCUGACUUUUACAAGCAUUAUGAGUGGCACUGCUAAUUGGACUUAUGGUAGAUGGUCAUACACUUUAGUAAAUUCUUUAAAAAAAAGUUUCCAGUUGAUUUUUUUUUUAUUAUUCCAUAUUGGCCUCCAGCAUCCAUAGGAUAGAGCAGCAUGAAUGCUUAAGAUGACCACACCCUCUCCUUGUAGUAGAAAGCCUGUGUUGUGUAUGCCAAGCAUUUGUACUUCAUAUUAGCAAAUGAAAGCUUAUUGUGCUCUGUUAUACAACGUGUGCAUUUGUGAGAUCACCACCAUAUAAUGGGAGAAGCUAUUUCAGAUUUUCUUAACUCUGAUUCUGAUAUAGGACUUCACAGCAAGGACUGUGUUGUUCUUGUUUAGGUUUUUAGAUGGUAUUAGUUCCUUUCUCCUGUCCAGUCUUCUUUGGUUUGCAAAUCACAACCAUCCAUUUAAGCAAAGAGGAUUUCUUUUUUAACCUUUUUUUUCUUAGUUCAUAAUUGUGUCUGUAAAUUUAUUUCCUUAUUUUAUCUUUCAAGUCAUUCAUAAAGACUUAUUUUGUAAGGCAACUGUGACUUAAAGAUAGUAUGCAUAAUGUGCCUAUAGCCAUAAGGAACUAGAAAACAAAUUUCUGGCAAAACAAAUUAACUUCAAAUCAGGGUCCCUUGACAGGCAAGAGAGCUGUAGAAUGAGACUUUAAAUCACAGUUAUUUUUUAUUGUGCUUUAACUUGGUAGAAGAUUUAGGACAUUGUGGUAGUAAUGCAAGUAGAUCUUGGAGUUGUGCAUUAUUUGUGCUUCUGCUGUGUAGCAGUUAUUGCUUGGUAUUCUAGUACCAGGCUGUUCUAGUAGAAUAUUGGGAUUUUGGAAUCCAGGAAUCUCCCACUAAGCUGUUCCUGUUUUGUAGCAAGAUACGGCUGCAGUUCAAUGGGGUUUUUUUGUAUUUUACAUAUUGCAAUAAUAGAGUACUACCAACAGCUUUAUGUGAAUAAUGGCAACUACUUAUACAUUCAGUUAAACAAAUAUGAGAGGUCAGUCUACCUAAGGAAUGCUAAUCUGAAUAAAUUAUGUGCCCCGUAAGUUCUUCCUGCCAAAGACAUAUAACAUGGAAAUAUUUUUUCAGGGUAUACAGAAGGAUUCUGGCAUUUGAGAAUUAAGCAGAGGAAGUAGCCUGAUGGUGGAAAUUGAGCCAGUGAGCUCAUGAUAGUCUAAAGAGAGAGACUUAGUUGAUAGUUAUAAAUAUAAUUGAAAAAUGGAAUAUUAGAGGUUAUAUUUCCCUUUGGUAUUGAUUCAGAAUUGUUGUGUAUUGUUGUACCGUCACCUUUGACUGAACAAGUUGAAAAGUACUGGCAGUCUGAAAUAAUUUGCCUAUCAGAAUAGGAAGAGCAUAUAUGCCACAAUCAACAAUGUUUUUUUUUUCAUACUACCAUCAGCUGACUGAACAAAAGUCACUGCCUUGUGCAUAAUACAGCAUUUUACAUGGAAGCAAUAAAUGAAGCUCCAGUUUCAGAUUUAUAUUUAGAGAACUUGACUAACAUUUGUACAUUGUAUAUUGUGUUCUUUGAAUCUAUAUAGUGAUUAGCCAAGUUGGUUAACUAACAGUCACCCCCACCAGGCUGCUGUCAUCAAGAAGUCCUACAAUCUUUGAAUGCUAGUACUUUCAUUAAGCUAGUUAUUAUACAGCCCACAUGGUUGUUCAGCAUGGGUAUUUGGAAGAAAUAUGCAUCCUGAAGAAUUCAUGCUUGGUAGCCUAACUUAAGAAGUUGGGCUUUGCAUCUCUUGCUAAUGGAGAGGUUUAUCUCCAGAGUUUAUCAUAUUUUCUUGUGGAUGGUCAGUGCAGAAUUGUUGUUCAUUAAAACCAUUAUAUUGGAAUUUCUCAUGUAGCAAGCUUUUAGAAUAAGUAAGAUGGAAUAUUGAGAUAGCUAGGACACUUUCCAUCUUCCUGGAGCGUAGGGAAAUGCCACGUAACUGGCCAAAAACAUUCAAAAGAUUUUUUCCCCCACAGAAUUAAAGACUUGAAAGAAGGGUUGAUGCUUUUGGUCUUUACACUUGACCCUUUCCAUCUCUGGCAAAUAGAUUUAAUGUAGUGUUACAUAAUGGUUUUGACCUAGAAGGACAAGAGAAAUAUAUAUGAACUUCAUGGGAACUAAUGGCUUUCUGAAGCGGUUUUCUCGUACUUUGGAAAUAGAAUGGAACUGACCCUCUGCCAUGGAGGUUGGAGAAGCAUCUUUGUAAGGAUGCGCAGAAGUACUUUGCUACUUUUUAUUUUCCUCUUUCAAAGGAGUUUUACCUUUCCUUUUGUUUUGUCAGAGGGAGAACAAUUCGUUAUAUUUCAAUUAAAAUAACUCCCUUGCUCUUUGUCCAUUCUCCACAAGGGUUGCCCAGUUGUGGAAAGCAUUAGGAAUCUUCUUGCAAUGGAAUCAGGCUCUAUUCUGAGCAUACAGCAAAAAAAAAAAGGCUUUUUCUCAUGCUUCACUUUUUAUUACCCCAUACCCUGUUUUCUUUACCUUCUUGAUUGUCACAGUCCAGUGGGCUUUCUAGAAAAAUAAACAAAAGCUCUCAUGCUGGAAGUUUAAGCAUGUAUUCAGGAAAAAGUAUAUAGUUCUGGGGUCUAAGUAUCCUAUGCCCUGCUAUCAUUCCUGCAGCAAACUCCAUUGUGUUAUUCUGGACUUUGGUUUGAAAUUGAUGACAAGCUAUAUGGAAGGGGUGGAAGGAGCAGCUCUGUAUAGAUCAUUUACUUUUUAAACUUAAAAACAGACAAUUUCAUCAUUAAGGAAGUCAGUCCCCACCCCCUCAAAAAACAUCAUUGAACAAAAAUUUGUCCAGUAUACUUAUUUUCUGUGGAUAAAUGUUUUGUUUAAAUUAAGCAAUCUCUUCAGCAUCUAGAUAUUUCUAAGCCUCUUCAAAAGAUACACAUGAACAGUUUUAAUCCAUGAUUUUGUUAUCUCAUGUUUUCCUUUUCAAGGAAGCAUUAUUGAUGAGGCCUCUAAUCUUGCAGUAUCAUAAAUCUGCAAAGGGCAAGGAAGAAAAAUUUAACUUGGAUAGAAAGAUUUGCUUAUGAUAUAUAACAAACUUGAUCUUUUGACUCUCCCAUUUUUCUCUAAGAGUCAUAAAAAGCCAGAAGGCAUAAAUUGAAAUUCCAGAUUUUAGACUCUACUACUGUAGUUAGAGCCAGAGCAAUUCAAUCAGUACAGUUGCCAGGUAAGACUGAACUGUUUCUUUUUCUAAGUGCCAUGCUGAAUUGGGCAAUUACAUUAGUCCCCUGUGCCAUUUUUUAAAAUCUGUCUGCAAACUAGUUGGUCAGUAUGUGUUGGAAGAAAUUGUCCUGGCUUAAAUAAUGUUUUUUGUAAACUGGUUAUUAAAAAGGGGAAAAGGGGUCCUUUUUAUGCUUUUCAUACCUUCCCCUAAAUUUUUUUUCUGCUCCUUAUAUCAAUAUGAGUGAUUUAACAUGAGAAAGCAACAAAAUAAUUCUGUCAGUUCUGAUUGGAGAGUGUGCACUUGGAUAUUUCCUGCUUCCAAAUCUUUAUGAACUUGAUGUUAAGAAACCACUUUUUUUCCUUUCUUUACACUGCUGGACUAGGUAGAGUAAAGGAGCUAUAGGGUUGAUAACUGGGCUGUGAACUGCAAUCCUUGUAUCUGUAUAUGCCAAUAGAUGAGUCCAUUUGCCAUGCUAAACUAUAAAUUGUCUCCACCUUGUUUAAGCCUUCGGCCUUACACUGUAUGAAUUCUUCAACUGGUAAUUGGAGAUGGCAACUAACUUGACUUUUCAUUUCCAACUUUGCCCUGCUGCUAUAUUGAGCUCUAUCUCAUUCCCAUUUUUCACCUUACUGGUGUGUUGGUCUAAAUGAUUAUUAUAUAUUACAAAACCCCGAGCUGUAGGUGUCAAAAGUAACUAUGGAAUGUGAUAUAGUCCUCUUGUGGGUGCUUUUUUCUUUACUUUCUUCCUUUCUCUGUCCCCUUCUCCACUCCUCUUUUGGUUCAGUGGAAAAGGUGAAGAAAAGACUUGCCGCUUGCUUGGACUCAUAAUGAUGUUUUCUGUGAUUGCGCUAUUAGCUGUCUCCUUCUCCCUCCCCUAUUCUCCCCCCAUGGAUAUAAGACUUUUCUGAAGUGUGGAAUUAACUUUCUUGAUAAGUAGGUUUAAAAAAUGCACAAUGUGGUACUGUUUCAUAGUUCUUAGAUGGUUGUAUAAAAAGAGUUAAUGUGGUUUGUGCUUUUAAAAGGAAUAAGUGAUUGAUUUAUUAAUCUGUCUUUUUCAUUAUUACAAGCUUUGUUUUCCAAUGACUACUUGCCUGUUUGGUUUUGUAUGCUAUAUGUGUGUUUAAUGCUUGAUUUCAUUCUUAAAUAUUGAUGCUGAUCACAUCAGGCACACAGAUCACACUGGUGCAAGCCCUAUGUACCUGGAUAGGACUUCCACAAUAAUAUUUUUACACAUUUAUUACGUACUGAUUAGAUUUCUAUUCUGCCUUUAGAGCAUAUUGUAAAAUAAUUGUGAUUAGGGUAAAUUUCUAUAAUUGCUGACCAUGUUUGUUUUCUUUUUAAACAAACAAAAAAGCUGAUGAAAUUAAGCUUUAGACAGCAAAUACUGUUUUUACACUACCUGAGCAAUAUAAUUGAUGCUCCCCAGUAGUUCACCUGUGUAGUUCUCAUAUCAUUGAACCUGAGCUGUUGCAGAAAAAAAUCAAGAACAUAAUUAUUUUCCAUAUUAAUGUUGUCCAGGUAUAUUAUCCAUUAAAUUCAAUUUUCCCAAA